ACACACACUCUACACUAAAAUGUCGUCGCCCAUCUUCUAUGGAAUUCUACUAUUAUUGGUGUGCUCCGUGAGCCCGGUCAUCUCUGAAAUGUGGCUCCACGUGAAUGUUCUCUCUGUGGAACGGAAACCAUGUCCAAUUGAUGAGACCUCAUGGGGUACAGAGACUAGUGGAUGUGCAACUAUGAGCUAUAUGACUCUCGACGAACGAAUCCUUCCCCACCACGAACGUCGUUCAUCAAGUUUCGAGUAUAUAAAUGGAAUCGCUCGACCUACAGUAACCCAUUGGCCAAAAGGACGAUUAAAUGAUUGGAUGGUAUCUAUUCAAUUUGUUUCAGUGGAUCCUGUAUAUGGAUUGGCUAGAACUUGUGAUCGAUCUGGAUAUAUUCGGGUUUUCCAGAAUUCUACUGGGGAAACGCCAGAGUUUUUGGAAAGAACACUGCAGAUCCAAGGUCAAUGCUUCAUGUCAACCGUCAAAGUUCAAGCAUCCAAUACAGUAUGCCCAUGGUGUGUAGAUGAUUCACAAACAACUACUACAACUACAGUAACCCCAGCACCACCAUCCACCACGUUUUCUCCAUUUUUCGGAACUUCGAACAACACCUCAUUGCUCAUCGGAAUGCUCAUUCUUGCGUUUUUCUCUUUGCUGGCUCUCACAUCGACUACCGUACUCCUCUGUGUGUAUAUUAGUGAUCGAAAGAAGCCUGAGUUCUUUGAUAUGCCAUUGCCACAGGCAAAUAGUACUGUACUUGGCGGGAGGAGUAGCGACACGGGCCUCUUCACCACAAAAUCAUCAUCAGAACGUUGGACAGAAUACGGAUGUGAACCAUGGUCAUCAUUCCAACCAUUUAAUAUUGAUUCAACAUAUAAUCCACCAAGAGAGACGACAUGUGUCUAUAAAGUUACACAUCGGGAGGACGACGAAUCAAGUGAUUCCGGAAAUGCGUCACUAUAAUAAUUUUUUAAUUUUUUAAAAUUUCUCCCAACAGUUUUCAUAAAAUUCUAAUUUUUUUUGCCACAAAAUUUAAUCAGAUCUCUAAUUUGUAUUCUUCUUGUGAUAUAAUACUGCUCAUUUGAUGUAUGUUCAUCGUAAAUUAAACUAAAAUUUUUAUUUUUUAUGAUUUAUGUAAUAAAUAAAUUACCGGCUCA